CACUGCCACCCGGAAAUACUCUCGACUCUAUUUUGGAGUCGUCAUUUCUGAACCAGUUUUGUAGACGUUUGAUUCAUUAUAUUAAGACGCAGUUUAUUACUUUUAUUUUCGGUUAUGUUGUAACCUGUUUGUUUAUAUCCACUUUUACACACGAGCGUUUCUAUUUUUUUUUAGAGGGUGACCAUAGAAUAUUCCAGUAUUUGAACGAAGCUGUCACGCCCAGGAGAGAACCGUUCAGAAUGUCCGAUUCGUUCGCCAUUCUUACACUCCGGAAAGCUCGUUAGCGAGGCACUAAUCAAUGAUAUAUCAAAACAAAUUGUAGACAAACGUGUCUAAUGAAUUAACUUCUUGACCAAAGACGACAGAGCAGUGGAGCAACACCCAAAUUGACAGAUUUGAAAUGGAAGGAGAUGUGUGUAGCUUCCCCCCAAACUCUUCAGAUGACCACUCACAAAGAGGAAGUGUUGCUUCUUCUGCCACACUGUCCCACUCUCAAGAUGUGCUCAUAUACUUGUUCGGUGACAGCGCCGUGCAUUUAUCAAUAGAAGGGCUUGGCAGUGCCACUGUGCAGGAGUUGGGCCGAACUGUCCGAGAGGCUCUUCAUGUUCCUGAGUCUGCGCAGGAUGCCUUUGCCUUCUGGCUGUCUUCUCCGCUACUUGAGGUGCAGUUAAAAGCAAGGCACCAACCUUACAAGGUGUGUCGCCAAUGGCAAGACUUGCUGUAUCGCUUUACGGAAGCCUCGGAGGAAGACAUUUCACAAGAUGAGCCCUGCCUCCAAUACCGUCGUAACGUGUUUUAUCCCAAAUCUAAAGAGCUGCAGAUAGAAGAUGAGGGAGUGCUACGACUUUUAUAUGAAGAGGCCAAGAGCAAUAUCAUCACUGGACGAUACCCCUGCGAUCCUGAACACUGGGCCUCUCUUGGAGGCUUGUCUCUUGCUCUUAAUGAGGGGACGGGCUUGGACAGGCAAAAAUUGACCACCACUAUACGGGAGAAGAAGCUGUCUUCUUUCCUACCGGCACACGUGGCCACGGGGGGUGGAGGUUUAUUCUCCACAUUGAGAGGCAAGUCAAGCCGUCAGGCAGGUUUGGAGCAGAAUCUCUUGGAGGAGUACAGAAAGAUCAAUAUAUCUGGAGACUCUCAGCAGGACUCAGAGCUUCUCCAGCUGUAUCUCAGAACAUGUCACUCUCUUCCUUAUUAUGGGUGUGCAUUUUUUGAUGGGGAGAUUGACAAACCCGCCCAAGGGAUCCUUCAGAGAGUGAAACGCAAAGCUGUCAAUGUUGGUAUCUCGCUGGAGGGAGUUUACGUGAUGGACGUCAAGGAGAAGCACGUGCUUCUCGGCCUGCGGUUCAAUGAACUUUCCUGGGACCACAGCUACCCUGAGGGGGAAGGCGAUUCGCACAUCCUCUGGCUGGAGUUUGAUGGCGACGAAGAUGGCACUCCCGUCAACAAAUUGCUGAAGAUUUACUCCAAACAAGCAGAGCUCAUGAGUGGCUUCAUUGAGUUUUGCAUGGAGCUCAGGUCAGUGUCUGAGGGAGGGGCCGCAGCAGAAACAGAUGGCGAUGCAAGUCUAUCACAACAAGCCUCUGGAAAAGAUGACAGCAAGCAUGAACGCGGGGGACGGCGUGGAAUGUUGCGCCGGCAAAGUAGCGUCGUAUGCAGCCGGGUCCAUUCGCUCAAUACCAUAAACUACGUCGAUAAUGGAAAAGAAAUCAAAUGCUUAAAGCCAAGAAGAGCUGCAUCGUUUUUCGCACGCCAGACAUCUGGAGCCACAUACUCCUCUGUGCAAGUGACAGAGAGCCUGGAGCAGGGUUAAGUCACCACCUCCAGCUCUGCCGCCCGCCUUUGGGCAAAGACCAAAACAAAACAUUUAAAGGAGACUGGGGAUUGACACAAAAACUCCUGAACAUAUGUCGGACCAAGUGAGGGAUCUUAUUUUGACCAUAUUUAUCCUCUGACAUUGUGUAUAUUUUGCAGGUAUGUUAAUGUGAACACCAAGUGAUUUUGUUAGUUGAUAUGCCUCAAAGGGUCACAAAGUGUAGUUGGCAUCAAAUGCAAAUAACAUGAGAAAAUGGUUGGUACUGAUAACUGUCGCAAAAACCUUUUGACUGUUCUGCAGUGCUCAUGGGCAAAAUCCAAAAAGCCACUCUUCAGCAUAACAGCUGACUUACCUCUUUUUCCUUUUGCAAUCCUUGAUAGCCUGAGUGAAUCAUUACCACAUCUUGGCCUAUUAUAUGACUACAAGUUUAUAUCGUAUGCUUUAAGGUGUCAGUGCCUUGUACGUUUGAAAUGGCACCUUCAGGGUUUUUUUGUCUACAGUAGGCUAUUAGUUUUUGCUGACUUCAGCACCAAGGGGUGAAAUAAAAGAAUAGGUGACAUUUACUUUCAUUGCAAAACAAAAUGCUGCAACAAGCCGAUGGGAAUGUUUCUUCAUAUGUCAAGGGUCACUGACUUUUGAACAUGCUACUAGAAACAGAGCAGAGGCAUCUUGCUAAACAUCUCACAAUUCUAACAUCAAUUUCCUUCCUUAACUCCCCAUGCAAUCAACUCAAUAUUUGUACACUCAUGUUAUGUAUCCAACUUUUCAGAAUCAAAGAUGUUAUUGCUAACAUACUAUGCAUGUCACAUUGUAGAAUAGGCAUUCCAAUUCAUGUGAUCAUUUAUUAUAAGGCUGCACUGUCAAUAUAUUUGUUGAUUUUUUUUGUACUGUAUAUUAUAUGUAUGUAUUUUUAUGUUCAUGGGUUUAUACAAGAGACUGAGGUCACGUUUCCUCUUCAACACUCA